AUGGCCAGAGGCUUGUUCUCUUUAGUGGGAAUGCAAAUCCAUCCGUCGAAAUCCCACGCAGUUAAUGUCGUAAAUGGAAAUAUUAUGGCAAAAGCAAUUACUUUAUUAGAUUCUUCCGUAAUUCCGUCAUUAGGCGACAAUGACCUCAUAAAAUACAUGGUAAUAAAUUUCAAAGACGAAAUUAUUUUCGAUCAAAAUGAAUUUCUUAUACAUAUAGAAAAAGUCUUUAGAAAUUUAGUCACUUCACCUUUAUUAAGGAGUGACCAAAAACUAAAUAUACUGAACCAGUACGACUACCCAAAACUAAUUUUUCCUCUGCAAAAAACACCAGUUGAUCUUCUCCAACAAUCAUUUCUUGAAUGUGUAGACAUGCUAGUACGUCUAAGUGUUAGAGAAAUAUGCGGACUACCAGCCGAUACCCUCAUCCGAGUAUUCUACAAUAACCGCAAAGUCAGUGAUUUGGGUAUGCUGAGCACGUUUUGGGAAGCUUCUCUACAGCACCUGACAGUUGCACAGAGGCUAUCUAGAAUAAAUUACCAGCAUCUAAAGGCAGUCCGCGAUCUCCCAGACGAAAUAGCCAAAUGUCGUCUCCGCUUGGGUAACGUAAUAGGUGAAAAUGCACAGGAAUUGCUCGAGGGUGAAUUUAACAAAUGGAAACAAUUAUCUCAGAGGGGCAUCGGCGUACUUUGGUAUGAUAAAUACACUCUCACUAACGCCUGGGUAUCAAACAAAGGCGGUUUAUCUAGCGGUGAAUGGACCAACGCAAUAAAAGCAUCGAUUAACUCAAUGUCUAACCACGGAACAGGAGGUCGCAGCGUGAGUGGUAGUCGCCAUUGCAGAAACGAAGUAUAUAUUGUUGAAUCAAUACCACACAUUCGAGGCGCCUGUCCGAAGACUGAGUUAGUGCGAAACGCGGCUCGUCAUCACUUUCGUUCAGCAAUAGCCGACCUAUUCUAG